CACCUCCCCAUAUUUGACAUCAUCUCGUCUGAAGAACUCGACUGCCGUAUUCUCCCUGGACUGGAGGGUGUACUUGACGGUCUGAAUGACUAUUGAAUGUUACGCAUUAUGGUGUGCUAUGGAAGUUGGCGGUCACUGCUGGACUUGUUUGGCGGGCUUUGUUGGCCACGGUUCUGAAAUAGCAUGGCCUGAUGGCUUCAACAAAGGCAUAUACCAUCGAUGAACAACCUUGGAACUCAUGGCGGGGCAUUAAAGGUGCAGGAAAGAAAGCGAAACUCACAGAAAACACUCCCGCAUCCAGCAGAGCACAAACAUAAGAUUUCCUGCUUUUCUCCCUUCAGUGUGUUUAUGAAUGUCAACAUCCGAGCUUUCCAUCGGCAGAUUUAAUGAAACCAAGAUGGACACCAGGGAACAAUUACAGAUCCUACUGUCAGAUUAUGUUGUGGACACACUCAGCUACAUUCAUACAGUGAGAGACUUUUGUGAUAAAGAGUAUAAAUGGACCCUUCAGAGAGAGACAGAGCUCGAGAAGAUGAGAGACAUCAAGGACCAGGCAGACAAAAUCAGUCUUCAGUUUGACCAUGUUAGGCGCUCAGAAAACAAAGCCAAAGCUUUUGGGAUGUACCUGUGGAGUGGUAUAACUCAGGUCACAGCUGACUCCAGAUAUCAGGUGCUGUUGAAAAAACUGGGUGCCAUCCUGAAUGACACUCUUGAGGGGCUGGAGAAACUUGACCACUUCUUGGAUGCAGUGGAGAAGUUAACAGUCACAUCAUUAUUUGUCUUCACUGGACAGAGUUUUCUGCCGAAGGGAGAGAGCCCUGCAAGUGUGCGAGCGGUCAUCACAGCUGCAAGAAUGGCAUGCCCUCUCCUCAUCCACUUUAAAAGAAAUUCAAAAGAUUUCUUCCUUCCUGUACUCAGUAAUGUGGAUGUCUUGGCCUUUCAACUAGACAAAUACAUUCGCAUCACAAAACAGCUUUGUGAACGAAUGGAGAAAAAAUCCAAUAGUGUUUUGUGGUCUGGAGGCUUCCAUGAAUGGAAGAAUGGUGAAGUUGUGAAGUUCAGUUUGAACUUAAGUGAAAACUCCAUGCAAAAAAUGCUUGAUCAUUUAAAAAAGUUAUGGGAAAUAAGGAUGGACCAGCAUACCAGGCUGACAUUCAUGUUUCAGAAAAAUGCUCUGAACUUCAUUGGUUUAUUUAGUCAGCGUCACUCUAGAAUGGAGCAGUUCCUGUCAGAUCUGGAGGGCAAUGCAGUACAACUGGACAGGAUGAAGAUGGGGGCCAGUAUCUCCACUGUGGCUGGAAGUUCAGUGGGGUUAGCAGGAGGUGUCUUGUCCAUUGUUGGUCUCGCUCUUGCCCCUGUCACUGCAGGGGUGUCUUUGGCACUCACUAUAACAGGGGUUAGUCUGGGGGUGACCAGUGGUGUCAAUAGUCUGGUCACAGGCAUUACUGAAGCUGCAGUCAACAAUCACCACGGGAAAAAUGCACAAAGCAUUUUCCAGAGAUACAUGGAUGAUGUGCAGAAGAUUCUAGACUGUCUGGAGAAGGCCAGCAGUAUGGAGCGUUUAGAGGGGCCUAAUGUGGUCGAUAUGUUUGGAGCUGUGAAGUUGAUUGCCCGUGUUGGAGCAGUGGGCAAAAGUAUUGAUGCCUUGGUGGAUGCAGCUUCAGCUGUAAAAGUGCUCAAAAGUGAAGAGGUGAUUGUGACUGUAACCAAGGUAGGGCUUCAGGAAGCACAAAGUGCUCGCAACAUUCCCAAGCUAGCUGCAGACCUGCCUGACAUUGGGCAGCUGGCAAAAGGGACGCCGCUUGCACUCUCAAAGUCUGCUAGAGCUGGUUAUAUAACUUUAAAUGCCCUCUUUAUUGGCUUGGAUGUCUUUUUUAUUUGCAAAGACAGUAUAAGUCUGGCAAAAGGGAGUAAGAGUGAGGCCUCUAAGCUCAUCCGCUCCAGAGCAGCUCUGUGGAAAUCUGAGCUGGAGGCCUGGCAGAUGACUCAUGAUUCCUUAUGCAUAGGAAUAUGGAGGUUCAGGAAGAGCCAGGAAGUUUUGGAGCAGCUCUUUCUGGUGGAGACCUUCAGGAGUUUCAGUUAA